AGGGUAAUUUAUUCUCCUUACAGAUCUAACGGUAACAAACCUUAUCCUCUAAAGUUUGGGUCAGUUACUCUUCCGAUCUACUGUCACAUGACAGUUCUUGACGCAUGCGGAGGUGGUGGUUGGACGCUGGUUAUGAAGCUGGAUGGUUCCAAGGUGAGAAUUUAACGAUGAAUAAGAUUUUGAAAAUUUAGUACACUUCUGAGAUCAGACCAUCUUGAAGAACCUUAUUUUCUUUGAUUACUGUAUUUUUCUGUGUUAUAAUAGACAAAAUUCUCUUUAAAGCGCUUUUCGAUUGAAUGUUGUAAAAUCAAAACCAGAGAAAUCACAACGACCAAUCAUAGCAAGGAAGAUAUCUCCAGGAGCCAAUGAUAACUCGAAGCAAAACCAAGCAAUCUGCCUGAAGUGCAGGAAAACGUGAGUGACCGAUUGGUUCUUGUUUUGCAUCUGACUGUUUGUGAGACUGGCGAGACCUUUUUAGAUCAGUCACAGAGCAAAGUAAUAAAGAAAAAAUCGAUCGACGCUCAAUUGGAAAUUUCUACAUUUGUUAAUGUUUCCUUUGUUUGUAAUAUCUCGACACUGUUUCUAAGGACACCUUCCAUUAUGAUUCCGCGAUUUGGAGCACCAUGACUGAACACAACGCUUCGGCUGGGAUUACUGCCUUUGACGAGGAAGAGACAAAGUUACCAACUUACUGGAAAACAAAAUUCUCCAAAAUCUGUCUAGGUAUGAAAAAUGGCCAUCAAAUCAACUUCGUCCUCAUUACAAUGAGGGCAGAUUCUCUGUACUCUUUGAUUGCUGAUGGUCAGUACCGCCCAACCUCAUUGGGUCGAGACAAAUGGAAGUCACUGCUUGGUUCCAGCGCCUCAUUGCAACGCACAUGUAACAAGGAGGGGUUCAACACAUUUUGCACCGGCUUUAGUUACGACAAAGAACCGCCUAAGGCUCGAAUCGGUAUUGUGAGUAACGACGAUUAUGAUCCAAAUUGCGACCAUUGUCGUUCCAGGAUCGGUUUUGGUACGGCAGGCCAUCCUGAUGACACCAGCUCGUGUGGAAACGUAGCAAGAUGGAGAGCAGAUAAUGGUAACAAAUUCAUCAAAGCAAUGGGAUACAUUCUUGUUCAAUGA